AUGAUAUUCCCCUGCAACUCUGGUGGACAUUGCUGGCUCUGCAUUUGCCGAGACUCUUCCACAGCCGUUGAUGUCUCCUUCGCGUCGACGUCACAUCCACCCUCAACCUCACCGUCCCGCAAGCGUCUUCCCCCCACUCCUCUUUUCCGCAUUCUCAACCUCGUCUGUCUGCCCGUUCCCUAUUCGCACUCAUUCCUGGUCACGAACACCCCCUCCCUCUCUCGUAUCUGCUCGUCGCUUUCAUUUCAUUUCACGCCGUUAAUCCCUAAAUCCAACAUGCCAUUUCUCUGCAAGGGUCGACCGACGCCCCAGCGCCCGUGCAACAACGAUCCCAGCGCAAAGCCGAGGUUUAUGACCGCCAUCGACUCAGUCCGCGAUUUCAUCCUCGAGCGCGACGCCUUCGGGCCGAAGUCCAGAGUCGGAAACCUCGCCUCCUCGCCCAGCAACGGCAGGCAGAAAAGACGCGUCCAGACCGCUGAGCGCUACAUGGCCGCUCGCCUGGCUGGUGAAACAGACGAAGUGCUUCGCUUGGUUACAGAAGAUGUCGAGCUGGAGUCGUCCCGCGAUGGCAAAGUCGCCGGCAAGGACCGUUUUAAAGGUUAUCUUACCCGCGUUAAGCCCACGGGAACUUGGAAGAGGGCGACGUGGAACACGGCUAUGGGGAAGGCGGAAAUUCUGGGAACUGUCAAGAUUCUUAUGGUCAACGUCGGCGUCAUUGCCCAUUUUGGCUUCAAUCGCUCGGGAAAGAUUAACCAAAUAUAUCGCUCAAGUCUGAGACAAAAGAAACCACUCUGCCGUGACAGAAUCCACCCAAAACCGUUAGGACCAUAG